AUGAAGUUCAUGUAUCGAAGUAUGGCUGCGCAGUGCAAGCCAAACCAGCCUGGCUUGGACCAGAUCUUCACGAUAUACCUCAAACGAGAUUCUGAUGGAUCUGAUCUGAAGGAAAACAACAUUUCGUUCUGUGGAGUUCAAGCUAAAAACCGCCCGCCCGAAACCAACAUGGACGCUUUAAUACAAGACAGCAAUCAUAAGUACACAGAUCUUUCCGCGGGCGUUAAAAUCCAAGAGACGAAUCCCUAUCUGAUCCUAUUCAUGAACUUGAACACUACUGAAACCCGUAUAUCGACUCUACCUCCUCUUCGGACCAGAGUUACUCGCAAUUCGUCCAGCUCAACAGAUGAUCGACGUGCCUCUCUCGUAUUUCAUGGCUUAGAUAAAAUUGCCUGUCUUAACAAUAACAAGGAGCUGAUUGAUGCAUUGAAAGAAUUGAUCAACACUGAGCCGGAGGUCAUAAAGCUUAAAUCUAAGGAAAGCGGAAAACUAUUCAGCAAGAUAAUUAACCCAUGUCAAUAUCAAGAUUAG